AUGGACUGCAAACACCCAGAAGAUAGCCUGGUGAUGGGAACAGGAGGCCUGCAGUCCACCAUGCUGGAAGGGCACAGCACAGCCCCGCCCUACCUAGACCUUUCAUCCAAAGACACAAGCAUGUUCAGGACGGCUCCCCAGCUAGACAGGACAAUGUCAAAGAAAGCUGAGUCCACGUCCUUUACCACUCAGAAAAAGACACGCCUUCCCAAGAAGAGACAGGAUCUUCAGGAGACCAUGGACAUGGAGUCGCAGACACUGCUGCUGACCCUGCUGUCUGUGAAGAUGGAAAACAACCUGACUCUGCUGGAGGAGAAGGCCGAGAAGGACUUGGCGGCCUCAUGCCGUGAGAAGGAGCGUCUACAGCGGCGGGUGCUGGAGCUGCGGCUCCAGCUGCUGCUCCAGCAGAAACAUCAGGAGCUGGCUACCAUCCUGGAUGCCCAGAUGGAGGUGCUGGGCCCUCUCCAGGCUGUAGCAAAGCUUUUCAAGGAGCAAUACGAUACACUGGCCACAGCCUUGGACACCACUCGACAUGAGCUGCCCGAGCAGGCCAUCCACAUGCAGGGAAGUGGGCAGGAACUCCUAGAUGAUCUGGAGCCGGCCCUCAAGACCACCCUGCAGCUCCUGGGCGAGCUGGGCAUCUCCUCCCCGGAUGCCGGCGGGCAGGUGCCGGACGCCAGCGCGCAGGUGUUACGCCUCUUGGAGGAACUCAGGGACUUGAUUACCAAGAAGGACCUAGAGCUCUACAGGAUCUUCGGUCAGGUGCUGGAACUUUCCUCCCAGGCCAGCAAAGAGGCAGCCUUGAUACCGCUUCAGUACUGUGUUUAA